AUGAAGUUCACCAAUUCCUACCUGUUGAUGGCAGCCUCCCUGGCUGUGGCCCAGACAACCACUACUGCCCCGACAGUGACCUCCGGUCCCAGCAACCUCCCGUCCGUAACUCUCGACUACUGUACCGUAGUUGCCACUGCGGGCAAUGAGUCCGUCGGCUACUACAAGUACCAGAACAUCCGUUUCGCCGCCGUCCCUACCGGUGACCUCCGAUGGGCGAAACCCCAACCGCCACCUGUCGAGACAGAGCUCAACACUGGUGACUUAGUCUCAGCCGACGUCGCUUGCAGCUCUGAGGAGGAUUGUCUGUACGUCGAUGUAUGGGCACCAGCUAAUUCCGAGGGCAAGAACUUGCCCGUCAUGGUCUGGACGUAUGGUGGUGGUUUCACUGGUGGCAGCAAGUCGGAGAAUACCCCUGAGGGUCUCUUUGACCUGUCUACGGACUUCGUCUUCGUUGCUUACAACUACCGUCUCGGUAUGACCGGUCUUGCCAACGGCCCCACCUUCUUGCAUGAGGGUGGUACCUCAAACACUGCCAUUUGGGAUGUUUCGGCUGCUUUUGAGUGGACUAAGAAGUACAUUAGCAACUUUGGUGGCGACCCUGACCAGAUCACAGCUGUUGGUUUUUCCGCGGGUGCAUCUCAGACUCUUUUCCAGAUGACUCGCUUCGCCGGGCAUGCCGAGCAACUCUACAACCGUGCCUAUGUAAUGUCUCCUGGCUUCGUCCCCGGAGCCGGCCACCAACAUGCCGAGGCUUUCUGGCUGAACGUUUCCUCUGCGGCUGGCUGCCCUGGCGGUAACCUUGAGUGCAUGCGUGGCAUCAACUUUGAUACUCUCAAUACCGCCGCCACCACCAUUCAGGACGCUUACGACUACCAAUUCCAGCCCCGUGUCGAUGGUGACAUUAUCGCAGACACCUACGAGGCGCAGCUCUACCAAGGCCGCUUCAACUUUACCGGUCCUGUUGUCGCCACCCACGAGCAGCACGAGGCUAAUAGCCAAGCCUACACCGGUGUGAACACCACCGAGGAUGUCGCCACCUACCUCCGUAUCUUCUUCCCUGCCAUCGACGACAGCAUAGUCGACGAAAUCCUGGCGCUGUACCCCGCAGACGACUACACCUCGCCCGGUCUGCGUUUCGCUGAUAUGAAGCAACACUUUGACCUGACUGCCCACAACCUAGCUCUUACCCAUGCCCUGAACAACCAGACCUGGAACGGUUUGGUUGCCUUAGACUCUGCUACCCAUGGCACUGAUCAGAGCUACUAUUGGUACAGCACCUACUCGCUUUCCAGCCUUGAUUCAAGCGACAGCACCGAUUCCACCAUCUCAAACACGACUGUCUCCAAGUCCACAGCCACUUCUGCUGCUGCGUCUGCUACCUCUUCUUCAAGCGCCGGUGGCCCUCCUUCCGGAGGUGCUGGUGGGCCUGGUGGCUCCAGCUCAGUCAACGCUACUAUCGCUGUCAUGAUGCAGAAGUACCUGCUUUCUUUCGUUCUGACUGGAAACCCUAAUACCAUGUGGCCCGAGGAUAAGCUCGAGUGGCCCCAGUACGGCAACUCGUCUACUGCCGGCACUCAGAUCGUCUUCAACACCACCUUCUACCUUGAGGAGGAUGACUUGGCAAAUGACCAGGCCAAGUUCUGGAACAAGGCCCUCUGGUAUUAA